UUUUUCGGCCCCAAAAACAGAAAUCAAUUUCCAUUUCGAUUUUUCCCCUUCAUUCAUAUCCGAAUCUAUUAUUUUCACCUCUUCAAUUUCCUCUGCAUUUUUUUCAGGAGGAAUUUUUGUAAAGCUGUGUUUUUGUUUACUUACCCCUUGUUUUUACCUUCUGCAAUCGUUAGAAUAUCUGAAAAUUCUUUACCAGCUUUUGUGGGUUGCUAAUUUUGCGGCAAUAUCUCCCCAAUUUUCUGGUAUAUGAUUUGCUCGGCAUUUCCGAAACCUAGAAUUUCAAUUCCAAAUGAGCGUGUUUUCCGAUCAAAUAUUAGCGCAAUCUUAAUUCCGAGAUUAAAAUUCAACAAAGUUCCAUUAAUCACGAAAACGUGUUAUCUCAAACCGCCGAAGCUGAUAUCCGUUAAAACCGGAAUGAUGACGAAAGCAAGCGACGGAGCCACCGUAAUGCUGACCUCAGGCGCGAGCGGGAGAAUCAAUGCGCUGCUGUCUCUACGCGCGUUGAGGAGCGUAUUGCGGCUGAUCAGCGCGUUUUUCCUGAUCCUCCUCCUGCCGUUCCGCGGGAGGAAGCGGUGCGCAGCGGUGGGUGCCGCGCCCGAGUCUCCGGAGAAAGGCGGCGGGAAGGAGGAAAAGGCCCUGGCUACGACGGGUAAGGUGGUGACUGUGCCGGCGGCGAUGGUCCCGAUGAAGAGCGUGGCGGCGGUUGUUGACAAAGAUGUGGCGGCGCGGAGGGCGCUGGCGAUUAAGAGAGUGGAGGAGGAUAACGGAGGUGGAGAUAAUGAGGGUACGGCGAGGGCGUAUUCGUUGUUUAUUACGUCGAGAGGUGAUACUAUUUUUACUCAGUCAUGGACGCCCGUUGUGGUUCAAGUCAGGGGACUGGUCGUUCUCUUGCAUGGUCUCAAUGAACACAGUGGAAGAUAUGAUGCGUUCGCCAAGAAACUAAAUGCAAAUGGUUUCAAAGUUUACGGAAUGGACUGGAUUGGACAUGGUGGCAGCGAUGGAUUGCACGCCUAUGUUCAUUCUCUUGAUGAUGCAGUUAAUGAUAUGAAAUUGUUUCUCAGCAAGGUUUUAGCUGAAAAUCCAGGACUUCCGUGCUUCUGCUUUGGACAUUCCACUGGUGGGGCUAUAAUUUUGAAGGCAGCACUUGAUCCGAAAGUGAAACAGCGCGUAGCAGGCAUAAUAUUAACUUCGCCUGCCAUAGGAGUUCAGCCAUCCCAUCCAAUUUUUGCUGUGCUGGCUCCGGUGUUUUCCUUCUUGUUUCCUCGUUUUCAAUUCAGUGCGGCAAACAAGAGAGGCAUUGCAGUCUCAAGAGAUCCAGAUGCACUAGUGGCAAAGUAUUCAGAUCCACUAGUAUUCACUGGAGCCAUUAGAGUAAGAACGGGCUAUGAAAUUCUUAGGAUAACGGCAUACUUGCAGCAGAACUUAAGCAGGCUGACAGUGCCGUUUCUUGUUCUUCACGGCAGUGAUGAUUCAGUAACCGACCCUGGAGCAUCCCAGAAGCUGUACAAGGAGGCUUCAUCGAGUGACAAAAACAUUGUGCUCUAUGAAGGGCUCCUGCAUGAUCUACUUUUCGAGCGAGAGAAGGAAGAGAUCAUGGAGCACAUAAUAUCAUGGCUGAACAGCAGAGUGUGAUAGUAGAUAUGGAGCAGUGGGCAUUGAUGGAAACAGACAUUUCGGAGUCGAGUAGGCGAUGAAACACUUGUCUUGAUGAAUAACAGCUCUCCAUAUACAAAGCCUUGUUAAUUUUAUGUAGAAGAGCAAUCUUUGCUCCUAAUUGGGAAAUGUAAAACUGGAUUUAUCUUGUCUUGUCUUGUCUUGUAUUAGAAAGGAAAGGUGUAGAGUAAUCGAUGAUGCUUCAUUGGGCUCGCCGUUUCAAAUCAUAAAUGUUAGCCGAAAUCGCAGCCCUCAAUGCUCUGCUAUGUUCGAAUUUUAUUUAUUUUGGCAUUAACUUUGGAUUACUCCAUUAUUACUUGGAGUUCUAA